AUGAUCACUACCGCGGUCGCGUCGUCACCGAGCGAGGCGCUGAAAGUGGAAGCGGAUUUCCUGCAAGCCCAGGCGGAGCUCAUUCGAGAUUUCGGCAACGAUGUUCACUUCGCUGCUAGUGUCAUCGGAUACAGAGCCGAUGAUUACGAGACACGAGCAGCUUGUCUUCGCAAGGCUUCAUGGGACUUGAGAUCGGUUAAUGAUAUUGGCAAAUGUCCACCAGAAGAAAGCCUGGAUCGGUUCAGACGUGCUAAGUUGGCCGACAGCGCUGCUGAAUUCAUGAAUGCUGUCCAGCAUGUCAAGAUCGGCUUGCAGACUGUAAUCGAGAUCGCCUACCGAUCCGGUCUGCUGGAAGACACCCAGGCCAUCCAAGAAGAUGGAGAAAAGAGCAGUACCUUUCCAGAUGUGCCCGCCGCUAUUGGCUCGCUGACUGACCUCAACACCGGUUACUCUCUAUCCAACACUUUCCUGAACGCUCAGGAGUCUGCACAAUACGCUGCCACGUUGGGAGCUGCUGUUCAGCCGCAGAUGCUGGCGGAAAUCUCAGCAAGAUCUGUCCCCUCAGCAGACAAUUCUACGGAUUUGCAGGACGAGCGAAUCAAAGGAAGGUCAAAGUCAACCGAUCUAACCAGCUAUCCGGACAUGCAAAGCGCCAAAGUUACACCCGAUGAAGGUGCUGAUGCUCAGUCUCCAACCCAGCCACUGAAUGAGGAGAAAGUGCUCGACUGGAUACCGUCCAACCUUCGUCUCUCGCGACGCAGCAUCCACAUAGCGGCUGAUGGAGUGUAUCAGUCGAUGAUGAUGAGAGAUCAAGGAAGCGAGCAGAGGAAGCGUGCUUAUUAA